AUGGAGCAGUCAUUUGACCUCCCCGAUUCCACCGACUGGUUGGACACGCCGCUUUCCCUACUUGCGCCUUUAGAGUCCUCACUCCGCUGUCAAGUCUGCAAGGACUUCUUCGACACACCCGUGAUUACGUCUUGCAGUCAUACAUUUUGCUCACUAUGCAUUCGUCGAUGUCUCAGUACCGAGGGCAAAUGUCCUACGUGUCGCUCGGGUGAUCAGGAGCUCAAGCUUCGCCGCAACUGGCUUGUGCAGGAAAUCCUCGAAGCGUUCAAGAACGCCAGGAAGAGCGCGCUCACGCUUGCAAGGAAGGAGGCAGCGCGGAUUGCUGCUGGUGGAGACGAAGAUCCAGAACCUGCCCCUAAAAAGCGGAAGGUUAGCCAGGUGGACCACUCUGAAGCGCCCGAGGUAAAUCCGCACAGUCCGCAACGCGUUCGUACGAGGUCAAGGUCGCAGAUGGCGCAGUCGCAAGCGGAUGGACAGGAUCGCAAUCAGGCCUCAUCGGUACAAGAGGUGAUCGAAGAUAGUCAAGAUGAAGAUUUCGUUCCAGAUGACGGCAUGGUCGCUUGCCCUAUAUGCAACCGCCGGAUGAAGAACGAGGCUGUCUUCGCGCAUCUUGAUAAAUGUACAGGAAACACAGGAUCAGCUCCUAAGCCAGCUCCUGCCAAGCAAAAGUCAUUCGGAUCCCUACAACCGCACGCGCGCCAAACUCCGAUAUCCCCUUCAAAAGCACCCGAGAGACUCCCUGCAAUAAACUACUCACUCCUCAAAGACAACCAAUUGCGCCGGAAAUUCCGUGACCUGGGCAUUCCCGAUUGGGGCCCGCGGCAGCUUUUGCAGCGGCGUCACAUUGAGUGGAUGAAUUUAUGGAAUGCAAACUGCGACUCCACAUCUCCAAGAACCAAGAAGGAACUGCUGCGAGAGCUUGACAUUUGGGAAAGGACACAAGGUGGAAUUGCGACAGCGCAAUCCUCACUCGUGCCGACCAACACGGUGAUGGCGAAGGACUUUGACGCGGCUCAGUGGUCUGUGAGCCACGACAAUGAUUUCAAGCGUUUAAUUGCAAAUGCUCGUAAAAAGAGUGAUGCUCAAGUGAGAUCGACCAUCCCUGGCGCUGCACAGGCCGCGGAGUCGAAUAGCACGGCAGUAGAUAGUUCUGCUCAGCUGGCGAGCGGGGUUGAGAAGGGCACUCCGAUUGAGAUCAACUCAGACCCGCCAGGUCCAAGUGACAUGUCUGGGUGA